AUGAAAUAUGCAGUGGAUAAGGAGACACAGUUUGUUGAUGGCCACAUGUUGUCCAGACAGGGAAAGAAGAAACAAUGGAAUGGAGUAAAGGAGCUAGAGGAAAGAGAAAGACACCUGUUCAUCAACGAACUUUGCAGAGGGCAGCCUGGCAGACAAGGCCUCGCAUUUGCAAAGAUGGUGAAGCGUGCUGAUAAAAUGAACAGGCGAGAACACAGAAAUGCCAUCUCUGGGCUGGUGAAAGAAGUUUUAGCAGAGGAGCAGAUGUUGGUUUCCUUGUAUAGCAUUGCCCAGCAAGGAAGAUGGCUAGGAUGGGAAAUAGCCAUGCAAUUAGACAUUAAGUGGAAGAAACUCCUUUACUCCUGGUCACCAGAAAUGCUCAAGUUUUACUUGAAUUCAAUACAAGACACUCUUCCCUCGCCAGCCAACUUCAAAAUCUGGAACAAACAGGCACUUGGAGUAUGUGCAUUGUGUGGAUACAACAACUGCACCAUGAUACACAUAUUCAACUGCUGUCAGUACUCACUGCGAACAGGAAGGUACAACUGGAAACAUGAUACAGUCCUACGGGAAAUACUGCACCAAGUGACUCCCACCAUUCUUCGAGCAAGAACACAGGCAAACGAUGUCACAUGCAGAGGCAUUUCCUUAAAAUUAAAAAAAGGCACUCAAUACAAUAAUGUAACCUGA